AUGCACCUCGUCCAGUCUUUAGAGUCCGGUGUAAUUAAAUAUUCCCUAUCCCAAAUGGACAACCCUACGGUCGAGAUGCCAUCGCCAAUCAUGCCGGCGAUAAUGCCUCUCCAGACCGCAGGUAAGUUUAACGUAGGGACAGAGGACUUUGCUGACCCGAGGCAUAGAGAGCUUUGCGCUCGAGCUAUACUCUUAGCGAGACGAUCCCGAGGCUAUUCAACGAACACCGAUUUAUUACGGAAUGGUGGCGUAGUUAACCUGGAAUCCUUCGUUUCUAAUCCAGAGAACUUUGACUAG